AUGCUCCCACCAUCCUCUGUCCAGGCUCACAUCUUCUUAAGCGAAGUCACCACUCUCCAAUUUCUGGCCGAGACAAAGGUUCCCGCCCCGCAGGCCCUCCCGGAGCUAAUCAGCCACUCCGCUUCACGUACCGGGCAGUUUUACCUCAAGCAUUCCGACGACAAGGGGGAUCACAUUUUAGUAGACGAUGACUUCAACAUCACAGGGAUCAUUGACUGGGAGUUCGCUUCAGUCGAAGCCAAAGAGCUUGCUUUCAGCGCUCCUUGUAUGAUGUGGCCUGUGGGAGACUUUUACGAUGGGAACAACACUCUCUCCGAUGAUGAGCUGCAUUUUGCCGAGAUAUUCGAGAAGAAGGGCCGAAGUGACCUGGCGGCCAUUGUUCGCGGCGGACGUCGGUGGCAGAGGUACCUCUUCUUCCUCGGAGGAGGCAUACCUUCUGACAAGGAGGAGUUCGAGGCGCUCUUCCAGGGCUUGAGGAAGAGCAUGCUAGUUGAAGGAGAAGCUGAACCAUCAACGUAUGAGGAAUGGAAACGCAAGGUUUUAGCCGAAUUUGCCAAGGAAAAUGCGCAAUUCAAACAGUUGCUGGAUGCCGAAAGGGCAAAGGCAGACAACGCGGCCACGACCACGACCAACUAG